UAACACGCAGCUCUGGUAUAAAAGGACCAGUAUGCGGCGACAUCCAUAUCAGCAUCCAACAUCCCAAUUCCAGACCAAACAACACAGCCUGAGCUUCCCUUUCCUUCUGCACCUGCCUGCCAAUGACAGCCACUACGCAAUUCGAGCUCAAGCCCGACUGGGCGCGCGUGUACCUGAACCAGGCGACACAUACGCAGACUUCCACUACUUCUGGCUGCGGCACAACUGCCCAUGUCCUGUCCGGCUGCCGGCACGAGAAGACCAAGGAGCGCACAAUUGACGCAGCAAUCAUCCCGCUGGACAUCCAGCCGCUGCGCGCCGAGCCCACGACGACUGAGGAAGGCCCGGCGAUUGCCUUCUACUGGGCGCCAAUCGCAGUCAAGGACGACGCAGGCCAACUGGUGGUGCCGGACGAGACCGAGCACAGCUGGCCGCCUAAGUACGGCGACGCCGGGCAGCUGACCCUGAAGGGUAAGCAAGUCUAUAAAGCGCAGCUCUACGAUCUGCUGAAGAAAUUCGGCGUGGUGGUGGUGCGCGGCCGCGGGUCGGACACCGAGGACAUUAUUUACGAUUUCGUCGACUCGGACGACGCCGUGAUUCCGACGCACUUUGGCCGCAUCGAGCAUCUGCGCACAGACAACGUUGAGAACGCCAACAACGACCAGCUCGGAUACACCAACGCGGCGGUGCGCCUGCACACCGACCAGUGCUAUGCCGAGACGGUCCCAGGCUUCCAGUUCCUGCACUGCAUUCGCCCGGCGGACGUCGGUGGCGACAACUACUUUGUGCAUGCCGAGUCGGCAGCCAACUACCUGAAGACCGAAGUCAGCAGCCGCGCUUACGACCUGCUGACAUCGGUACCGGUGCGGUUCGACCGCAAGCAGAGCAAGUUCCAGGCAUUGCACUGUCGGCUGGAGCAGGUGCGGUACAGCUAUUUCACGCAGGCCGCGCAGAACAACGUGCCGUUUGCGCAGCUGCGCGAGUGGUAUGAGCUGCUGUACCGCGACGACUUCCAGCUCAAGGCGACGCUGGAGUCGGGCGACUUUCAUCUCUGGGCCCACCUGGAGCAGGCCAAGCAGCAGUCCGCUGGCUGCCUGAACCGCCCCCACCCUCCCAUUCAUAACUUUUCAGGCUAAUUCUUUUGAAGGU